AUGCUCACCUUUGAGGAAAUUGUUGAGAAAGCCCGUAGCUUCACCCAGAAGCCCACUCAGGAAGAGUUCUUGGAGUUCUACGGCUACUACAAGCAAGCCACUGUUGGCGACUGCAAUACCGAUGAGCCAGAGGAUCCCAUACGGAAAGCGUUGUGGAACUCGUGGAAGGAAAAGGCUGGUAUGCCCAGCGAUGAGGCGAAGGCGCACUACAUUGAAGUGUACAAGAAGUAUGCGCCAAAAUACCAAUAA